AUGGCGCGGACUUACCUAAGCCAGCCACGUGAUGCUCUCGGACGGAUCGCCGCAACAGCAAACCUCGUCGGUGCGAAGCUCCCCUUCGCCGUUCGCGAGAGUAACACCGAUAAACCCCGUCGACCUUCUUCCCUCCCUCCGGUGCUCACUUCUUCACCAAGACUCCCUGUUCGAUCUCUCUACGCCAUUCAGAUCUUACUUGCGAUGACCUGA